CGCCCACUUGGAAACACGGCUUCCCUGGAAGUGGGAGGGAACAGGAACUGGAGGGGCCCUCCUCCUGGAGGCCAGAGUCAGCUAACAGCUACCUAAGGAGGCAGGAGCUCUCACCCUGCACUGGAGCCGCCAGAGACCAGUCCGGAGCCUUGCUCGCCUGUCACAGUGCCCGGGAAGGUGGUGGGCUGGUGAGCUGCUUGCCGAGGACAACUGGGCAUGACCAGGUCCAUGGGGAUGCGCUCCACCUCUCUCCUCCCUGCUUGCCAGUUCCUCCUGCUGAAAACAGCUAAGCCUGCUGUUUGGAGUUCUUAGAAUCCCAGCCCCAGAGCGACCUCCCUGGAGACAAAUGGACCUCACACUGAGAACUUUAUCUCCCAGACCCUGGCAGGCUCUGUAGCCUCCGGACGGCCUACUGCAACGGUUCUUAGGAAGCACGAGUCUCUCCUACAUCGGCACCCGUCCGGGCUUCUACCCACUCUGAGGAAGACCCAGGGAGGCCCCAGCCCUGGGCGUCCUGAACAGCCUGAGUCCUGAGGCUGCUCCUCCUGCCUCCAAGUCACAUUUUCUGGGUCUCCGUGAGCAGAGGAAGAGCCAGCCAGGAGGAGAAUCGAGAGAAAGCCUAAAAUUUUCAAUAGUCAAAAAGCCCCUGUGGUUCUGGUUGACGCAGGGAACACCGAGUUCACUGAAGAGCCGUGUGACUGCUGCGCUGGUUUGUUUUGUCCUCUGGCCCAGCCAAGGCGGGCUCAGGCGUCCCCGGGUCAUGGAGGGAGCGCAGGAGAGCCUCGCAGGCCAUUUUGCUUGGCUCUGACUCACCCUGACUCUCCGCUGAAGCAGAAAGGAGGAAACAUCACACUACCAGGUGUGGCCAGCCUUUGGCCAUUGUUGUGAAUCCACAGGAGUUACCACAGUCCCUUCCCAAGUACACAUUUAGACUUCGUUGUGGUUCAACUCAGACUUUUGGCUCCAGGAAAGCUGUAAAAGGAGACAGGAUGAGGCGGGAAGAGGAGGAGGAGGAGGCAGCCAGGACGAAGGCAAAAGGGCACUUAGAAAUGAAGGAGGAGGAGGAGGUCGGUGAGACAGGAGAAGCGGUUGGCCCUUUUGCCAGUGCCAUGCCCACCCCAAUGCCCCACAACAAGGGGACCCGGUUUUCUGAGGCCUGGGAGUACUUCCACCUGGCUCCUGCCCGUGUUGGGCACCACCCCAACCAAUACGCCACCUGCCGCCUGUGUGGUAGGCAGGUGAGCCGUGGCCCUGGGGUUAACGUGGGCACCACAGCCCUGUGGAAGCAUCUGAAAAGCAUGCACAAAGAAGAGCUGGAGAAGAGUGGCCACGGUCAGGCCGGGCAGCGCCAGGACCCCAGGCUUCAGGGGCCCCAGCUCCCCGUGGGCCUUGAGGGGGACUGGGCCAGGCUCCUGGAGCAGGUGGGCACCCUGGCUUUAUGGGCCAGCCAAAGAGAAAAGGAGGUGCUUAGGAGGGAGAGGGCAGUGGAGUGGCGGGAGAGGGCUGUGGAGAGGAGAGAGCGAGCCCUGGAGGAGGUGGAAAGGGCCAUCCUGGAGAUGAAGCGCAAGAUGAGGGCUGAGAAGGAAUCCUGCCAGAGGGACAAAGAGCAGCCUGCAGCAGCGCACCCCUUCCAUUUCGUUUAAAUGGGGUUGGGGGAACCUAGUCUGAAAACCCUGACUUUAGACUCCUAGCAAAGAGCCAUUUUAGUUCCAGCUUAAGUAUAUAGCAAAGUGGGUUAGAAGGAUUUUGUUUCUAGGAGAAAGAGAGCAUAGUAUUGGUUAAUCUCAGCCGGUCUGAACUGGCCAUAUGCUUAUCUAUACGGUUCCUACAGCUGUACUGACCAAAACUUUAAAAUAUACUAACUAAAGAGAAAUGUUGUUUUGCCACCAUGGGUCUGUGAGUCACUUGGGGGCAGAUUGUACUGGCCCGUCAGCACUGAUGAGUGAACAUAACAGGAUUUGUGCCUAGCAUUUCGUUUGUGGGGAGCUGACGGUUUUGACGGUUGAGGUUAGUUGGGUAGCCAAAAUGUGCCUGUGUGACCCACUCACCUUUCAGACCCUGCCACGAGCAGAGCUUAAGCUUCCUAGGACAGAGGUGUUUGCACACAUGCUGGUGUUGAUUUGAGAACUGGAUACAAAGCUUGUUCUGUGGGGCUCAGCGCUGUAGGGACAAAGGAGCUUGAGCCCAAGAUCUCCAGAUGCUUCCAGUGCGUAUCUUUCUGUCAUUACUGCAGUGCUUACAUUAAAGCUGUUUCAUUGGUACAACCUGUUUGAAUCUUGUAAGUCUUGCCAACAAUCAAACACGUAAGUAAUUCAUGCAGAAUCAGCACAGGGAGAAUUAAAGACUUUACAACUCCCUUGAAUUAAACAUUAAGAACAGAGGAUAUAAAAAUUUGUUCAUAAAUAUUUUAACAUAAUUUGUUUCCCUAUUAAGCUCUGUUAAAGAAGGAGUUUGUGAGGAAGAGAUGAAAAAGCUCAGAAAGAAAAAGAAAAAGGUGGAGAGAUGGGGUAAAUGGGAGAAAUAAAGAACAGAGGAAGAAAAGUGAAAAAGUAAAAAGGGCAGAGAGGAAAUGUGAAGAUAAGAGGGGACAGCCCCUUAGAAAAAAUUCACCACGGAAAGGUAAGAGACCUUGACUGUCUGGGAGAGUGAAGGACACAGAACAUUUUCUUAGCUUCUGAGGUCAAUUUUAAUGAGUUAAGCUGCUUUUGCUGCUUUUGUUUUUGUCCCUGUAGACCAUACAAAUCGCUCAUUCAUUUGAGCAGUAGGCUUCAGAUUAUAUUCCUGUCUUUAAAACACUAACUGCAUGCCAAUGCAUUGUUCUCAGAUUUUUUUUUCUUUAAAGCUGUUCAUCUUUAAAUAUUCAGAGAUGCUUUGAAGAAAGGGACUCAGUAGUCCAUAUGGAGGGAAAAAUUCCCUGGGCUGCUGAGGACAUGCUUAAAAUGUUAACUCGGGAAAAGAAUAAAACCAAACUGGAAAUUGC